AUGGAGCGCCGAAAAGCAGAAAUUGAAGAAAAACGGAACAAACUUGCAGCAUUUCGGCGUCAUAUUCAAGAACGCCGAGGACAAUUUGAACUUUCAAAAGCAUCAGAUGAAACAAUGUCACAAGUUGAAAAGAAAAACAUGUUUGAUAAUAAGAAGGAAAUUGAUGAUCUUGUGACACGUCUUAUGGCAGACACAAAAAUAGAGGAAAAAGAGGAUUUGAAGGGAGAAAUGCCCUUAAAAGUUGAAAAAAGGGAAACAAAAGAGAAAAUUAGUAUUCAAAAUGCUUAUACAUUGUCAGUGACGCCUCCUAUUCAUCUUUUUAAUAUACCGCCUUUACAACAAGAAUUGAAGCCUAUAACAUAUAAUAAAGAGAUUCAAACAUCGUUUGAGUUGAAUACCCCCCCAAAAAAAGAAAUAGAUAUUGAAGCUCAAGUGGAAAUUCGGUUAAAACAGGCAUUAGAUGAAGAGCUUCAAAAAGAGGAAAUUCGUAGGAAAGAAGAACAGAAUAUAGAUAUAAAAAUCGAAAUUUUAAAAGAUGAAAAACGAAAUGAUAUAUUUAAUUCUACUUUAUUUCAAAAUUUUAUAGAAAAAUCAUCAAAAAUAAUUGAACGAGUUUUGGAUGAGGAAUAUCAACCAACUAUAGACUAUUCAGAAGAUUAUUCAUUAAGCAAGGACAAACAUACAGAAAAAAAGAUUAAAGAAGUAAUGCAAUUUCAAUGUGAAAAAUGGACAUCGAAAAAAGUGAUCACUGAUUUAGACUGGAGUAAUCAUUUUAAAGAAUUAUCUUUAGCUAGUUAUUCAAAAAAUAAAGGAAUUUUUUCAAACUCUGAUGGUCAUGUUAUGAUAUGGAAUUUGCAUCUACAUGAUAGACCUGAAUAUAUCUUUAAUUCCCAGAGUGAUAUUUUAUCAGCAAAGUUUUCACCUUUUCAUUCUAAUUUGAUUAUUGGUGGAUCUUAUAAUGGACAAAUUCUUCUAUGGGAUACAAGAGCAAAUUCUCUUCCUGUUCUUAUGACACCUUUAGCGUGUACAGGUCAUUCACAUCCUGUCUAUAGUGUAAAAAUUGUUGGUACGUCUAAUGCAAACAAUAUUAUCAGUAUGAGUACAGAUGGAAUUGUUUGUGCCUGGACAGUUGAUAUGCUCACGCAGCCACAAGAAAUACUUGAGUUAACCGCUCCGUCAUCUUUUAAAUACGAUGAUAUUUGUUCUAGAUGUAUAGAAUUUCCAGAAUCGGACCCAACAACUUUUCUCGUAGGCACUGAUGAAGGGAAUAUUUAUUUUGUUAAUAGGUAUAAUCGAGCAGGUGUAAAAGCUGGUAUUAAUCCUGGGCUUAUAUACAAGGGUCAUAUGGGUCCGAUAACAUCUAUCUCAUUUCAUUCUUCUAAAGGACCAUUGGACUUUGGUAAUCUUGUUUUGAGUUCAAGUUUAGAUUGGAGUAUUAAAUUAUGGAAAAUAAAGCCAUCAACAGUUUUAAAUACAAAUCAUUUAGAUAAAGAUCACAAUUUGAAUUCUAAUAUUCCAAUUAUGGAGUUUGAUUGUGGUGAAAUGAUUUAUGAUAUUAAAUGGAGUCCUAUUAGACCUGGUAUAUGGGCAUCUGUAAAUGGUGGUGGUUCUCUUGAAAUUUGGAAUUUAGAUGCCAAUACAGAGAUGCCAGUUGCACAAAUCUUUCCAUCUACAACAUCUUCUACUAACAAAGCAUUAAAUAAAUUAUCUUGGGAAAGCUAUGAAGGGAAGAGAAUUGCAAUAGGAGGAUUAGAUGGAGUUGUUUCUAUUAUCGAUAUUGGCGAUUUUGGAGGAACAGAAUUUAAACAAGAAGAAUGGAUAAAAAUGAAAAAAUUAGUAGAUAAAAAUAAUAAUCAUGAUAGAACAGGGUCAGAAAUUAAUGAAAUUCGAUAUCUAUAA